CUGGCACGAGUGAGGGCUUCCUCCCAACCCGAGGCUGAACCCGACUGAAGAUGGACACAGGAGGGCUUGACAGCUGGAACUUGCUCAAGCAGAGGCUGCGGCACCUACAAACUGAGCUCGAGGCCAAGCUCCAGGAGCUAUCGCAGCUCAACACCUCUGUGGCGCAGCACAGACAGCAGCAACAGCAGCAGCAGGCGGCCUCAUCAAGCAGGUAACUAAGUAGAUACAAGGGGGGCACACACGGCAGGAAAUGACGACGACAAACAAACAGCUCUUGUGUGAUGUGGCUUGGCUGUUCAGUGGCGCGUCGAGCAGCGGCAGCCGUGCAGCUAUUCUGGAGAGCCAGAUCCACAUCGUUGCCGACAUCAAAGAGGACAUCGAGAGGGGGCUCAAAGAGGUCGCACCGCACCCAGGGAGCUCCCUGGUUCCAUACAUACGUUUCAUGCCCCAUCUGUCUGUCUGUCUGUCUGUCUGAACGUGAAUGUGGGCGUUCAGGCGACCGAUUUGGUGUCGAAGCUCCCCCGUCAUGCGCAGAAUCCGCAGCAGACGGCGCAGAUGGAGCGGUUCCGCGACAUAUUCCAAGACCUCUCACGAAGCUACAGAAAGACAGCCGUACGCACUGCACACAAAGCUUUGUGGACACUGAUGGAUGGGCCAAAGAGGUUGGGUGGGUUGGAGUGUUUGUGUGCCUUUCUGUCUGUAUGUAUCAUGCAUUGUGUCUUUCAGGGCAGCCUCGAGUACCAGUACCAGCACAUCAACCUGAUGGGCAACGCUAGGUAGGUAGUAGAACCCAACACACUGCUGGGGCGCCCAAGAAGAGACGAGACGACACAACACAACACGCAUCGCGUCCAUCCAUCCAUCCCGUGCUUCAGAAACCGCCGUCAGGACUCGUCGGACGCGUCCGCCAAUCUGAUCCGCGAGAGGACGGCGCUCGACACCUCCCUCACCAUGCUGGAUGACAUUCUCGGGUAAACCAAAUGCACACACACCAGACAACACACACACACACAGGCAGGCAGGCAGGCUGGCUGGGAGGAGCGGUUGCAACCUUAGAGUAAGGCUUGACCCCGUCGUCGUGAGUGACCGAUACCCUUUGCUCAUAGACUUCCAUCGCAAGCCGACACACACACAUCCACACACAUGGCAUGUGCUGCUUGCUUCUCCGAGUCGGCGGGGCCCUCGCUCAUGCCUCCCCUACUAUCGAUGCGAGUGGACACUCACACACGCACUCACUCUUGUCUGAUGCCGUGUCGUGUCUUGUGUGAUGUGAUGCAGGCAGGGCACGUCCACUCGUGAUAUGCUGGCGUCGCAGCGGGCACGGUUCAAAAACAUCGGCGAAGGCGUCGGGAGACUAGGUGGGCGGGUGGGCGGGCAGGAGCAAACAAGACACCCACAGAUGGUCAGCGUGACAUCUGUAUGGUUGGUUGGCUGUCUCGUCGUGCAGGCCAGUACUUCCCAGACGUCGACCGCCUCCUCCAUCGCAUAGGUAACUCUCACACCAGAAUGACAACACCACACCCACCUUCCCUCCUCCCACCCGUCCUUGCGUGUUGCCAUGUCUGUCUCUCUGUCUGUCAGGUGUCCGGCACAUCCGUGAGCGUCUGAUCCUGGGCCUGACGAUCGGCCUGUGCCUGUGCUUCAUCAUCUGGUGGAUGCUGCCCGCCACCGAGGCUCCCUACGGGCAGACCAUGGACUCAUUCGACGCCGCCGGGGAGAAGUUCGCGGCCGCUGAUGCUGAUGCUGCCGCUGGGGGUGCCGAUGCAGCACAACAGGCGGGGGGCGGGUAGAGCUCCACGUCGCUGAAUUGAUGGAUGACAGAUGUUUGGUUGCGAGUCGUGAUCUUCCUUGCAUUGCGG